AUGUUAUUCAACAUCUUAAUUUUUACUCAACUAUCGGUACUCAUUUAUGCCCAAGACUGCAAAUUCCAUCAUAAUCAUCGUAUUCCAAUUGCACUUGGCAUUUUCCUACCAAAUCAAUACAAAGCAGCACUUGGACCAACCAUUAAUUUGGCUUUGGAACAUAUUCAUUAUCAUUCAUGCAUCUUGAAUAACUAUUUUUUGAGUGUUUUCUUCAAAGAUACAAAGUGUCAAACAUCGCUCGGUAUGAAAGCAUUAUUCGAGCUAAUGAAUGUUAAACCUCGGCCUUUUGCAUUAUUUGGUGAUGCUUGCACGAAUGUUAAUGAACCUGUCGCGAUGGCAUCCAAAUAUUGGCAAAUAAUACAUCUUUCCUAUGCUGAAACACACGCCAAAUUUGCAACAGCUGAUUCUCAACAAAUGUAUCCGACUUUUUUUCGAGUGGUUCCUGGUCACCGCAAUCUUAACACAGCUCGGUGUCGGCUUAUUUAUCAUUUCAAUUGGAGAAGAGUCGGAACACUUAAACAAAGCGAUGAUCCCAGAUUUGCACUGAUGAGAAAAUUAGUAUUUAUUUUCAAGCCACACGAGCCUUUAACAACAAAACUGGAACAUGGUUAUGGCAUAAAAGUAAUCUAUACAGCUGGUGUAAGUCAUGAUGAAAUUAAUAACAUCGCUAACGAACUCGAUGAAUUAAAGAAGAGAGAUGUUCGAAUAUUUAUAGGCGAUUUUGAUGAAGCGAUUGCCGUUCGGAUUAUGUGUGAAGCAUAUCGGAAAGGACUUUACGGCGAAAAUUAUGUUUGGAUACUUCCCGGAUAUCAUAGUGAAUUAAACAUUGCAUUGGAAAGUCACUUUUCUAUCGAAUAUGCACCUUAUUCACCUCAUUUGGACCAAAUGACCAUUGCCAAUAAGACAGUUGGAAUGAUAAAGGAAAUAUUGGAGAAAGCUUGUGGUUCCAUAUGUUUUGAGAACAAACUAAAAGCUUACGUCUACGAUGGAAUAUGGACUCUUGCUCUUGCAUUUCAUAACGUAUCGAUGCGAUAUAAAUCCAAUCAUGGCACAUUAUAUGAUCCACGACUUUUCUCAUCCAAUUAUAGUGAUAUUCAUGCUGAUCUUCUUCAAGAGAUUACUAGUACUUUAUUUGAAGGAGUAACAGGUCGCGUCCAAUUCGAAAAUAAUGAACGACUUGGCCUUGUUGAGAUAUUGCAGUGGCGAAACGGCUCCUAUAUUGAAAUUGGAUAUUUCGAUGGCUCAAAUGAACUAUUCACUUUGUAUCAAAUUAUAAAGACUGAUUGGCAUGCGCCUUUAGAUGCAACUAUUCUAGUUCGUCAACGUCAGUAUAUUUCUUACGCUCUUUUUAUAUUUUUAUCACUCCUAUCAUCCAUCGGUGUUUUACUUGCUUUAUUCUUUUUAUCCAUCAAUGUUCGCUAUAGGUAUCACAGGUUAAUAAAAAUGUCGUCACCCAAUAUGAAUAAUAUAAUAAUAGUUGGAUCUAUUCUCACUUAUAUAAGCGUCGUACUGCUUGGUUUUGAUACGAGAUUCGUUUCUUCGCAAACUUUCAUUACUCUUUGUUAUGCAAAAACAUGGGUAUUAUGCUUGGGUUUUACUUUGGCGUUCGGUUCGAUGUUUUCUAAAACCUGGCGAGUACAUUCAAUUUUUACAAAUAUCCAUAUGAAUAAAAAAGCGAUAAAAGACUAUAAAUUAUUCUUUUUCGUUGGAGCUGUCGUAUUUCUCGAUAUAAUAAUACUAAUUAUGUGGGCAUUUAUUUCACCAUUUUCCCUUUCACUCAUCGAAUUACCCAAAAUUUAUUUGGAUAAUAAAGUGAUUGCUCCUGAAAUUGAAAGAUGCUACAGUGAGAAUACGGUGGUUUUUCAAGCAAUAAUAUUCGGUAUAAAAGGUUUACUCAUGAUUCUUGGAUGUUUUCUUGCAUGGGAAACGAGAUAUGUAAAUAUUCCCGCAUUAAAUGAUAGCAAAUAUAUAGGAAUGUCCGUUUAUAACGUCGUCGUGAUUUCGACAUUAAACCAUAAGCCAUUCGAUCUAUUCCGGCAAAUUAAUUUGUUUAAUCUUUCAAAUAAAUUACAGGAUCAGGUUGAUGAAGCCUACGCACUAACGAGUUUUUUCAUAAUAUUUUGCACAACACUUACGCUAUGUCUGGUGUUUGUCCCGAAGAUAAUCGAGUUAAUCAGAAAUCCCAUUGGAUCCGAGCCACAUUAUCGUAAAGGUUUAGUGAAAUCAGUCAUAGGGCGUCAAAAUAAGCAACUUUCACGACAAUUAUCAGUGAAUGUUUAUAACAAUGAGAAAGAUCGAUUACAACGUCUUGAAGAAGAAAAUCGAAUUUGGAAUCAAUUUCUUGAAGAAGUUAGUUUUAUUAUAUAA